UUACUUUCUCGUGAAUGUUACUAACUAGUAAAAUACAGUUAAUGUUUUGAGUGUUUGACGAUUAAAAAUUUUUACGUUCAUACACACUUUUUUGAAAAUGAUCCUGGAAACAAAGUAUUCCGUCAGUAAGCAUUAGAUUGCGGGACCACGAGGGGCCAGUCGCCCGGGCGACACCAAUUAGAAAAUUGUUUAGUAGGAAUUAUAUCAAUUUUAAUGACUCUUAUUUCAAAAAUUAACUAUAGGCUAAUUAAAGUCUAAUGAAGCAGAUGUGGCCAAAGCUUUGGAUGCAGCUCUAGAAGCAGGCUACAGGCACAUUGAUACAGCAUAUCUGUACCAAAAUGAAGCUGCCAUAGGCAGAACCCUUAGGAAGUGGUUUGACUCUGGAAAAUUGAAACGUGAAGAUCUCUUCAUAGUAACAAAAUUACCAUUGAUAGGCAAUAAGGCAGAAUGUGUUGAAAAAUAUUUGAAGCGAUCUCUGACAUCAUUACAACUCAGAUAUGUAGAUUUAUAUUUGAUUCAUCAUCCAGUAGGACUUUUAGAAAAAGGAGAAGAGCUGUGGCCUACCAGUGAAGAUGGAAACCUCAUGGUGGACAACAAUACAGAUCAUCUGAAUCUUUGGAAGGCAAUGGAAGCUCAAGUUGAUGCUGGUCGAGCUCGUAGCAUAGGUUUAUCCAAUUUCAGUUCCCGCCAAGUAAAACGUAUUGUACAAAAUUGUCGAAUUCAACCAGCAAACUUGCAAAUAGAACUGCAUGUAUAUUUUCAACAACGAGAACUCGCAGCAUUUUGUAGAGCACUUGACAUUUCAGUUUGUGCCUAUGCUCCUUUAGGCUCUCCUGGACUUGUAGAAUUUUUAAAAAACAGAGGGACAGAUACUUCUAGUGUGCCUAGCUUAUCUCCAAUGUCUGACCCUGUAGUUAAAAAAAUUGCCCAAAAGCAUAAAAGAACCCCUGCACAAGUCCUAUUGAGACAUAUCAUUGAAAGGGGAAUUGUUGUCAUUCCUAAGAGCAUCAAUCCAAAUCGAAUGAAAGAGAAUAUUAACAUUUUUGACUUUGAACUUACGGAAGAAGAUGAACAGGAGCUCUAUGCUUUAGAUAAGGGUAGUGCUGCACGAAUGUUCAGUGACAGAGCAGCUAACAGAUUCCUGGGACAUCCUGAAAAUCCAUUUGCUGAUAGGUACUGAAGAAAAUACUGAACUAUAGGAGCAAUUAGAGGAAAAAAUACAAUAACAAAACAAAAAAAAAUGUGAAACAAUUUUCAUGUACCACAAUUACAGAGCAAACAAAAUACAAAUUUGACACAAAUAUAACUAAGUUCAAUGAGUGAUAUUGUAGUUAUGUGAAAUGUAGAAAACAAAAAAUUAUCAUGUUAAUAUUACUGUCUCAAAUAAUUCAUAUAACUAUUAAAGGAAUUACUGAAAUAUUUUGAUUAUUUAGUAUUUAUUACAGCUAAUGAAUAAAGAAUUAAUGAAUGCUCAAAGUAAUUGAUACUCAAAAUAGCAAAACAUAAUUGUAAGUUUUUAAAAAAAAAAUUUUAUUGUUGUUAUGUUGAAACAUUUAGAUUCUAUAUUAAGUAUUGUAGUUACUAUGUGAUAUUUUUCUAUUAUAAGUGGAAUAAAAAUAAACUUUUUUCUUGUUCAAGAAGG